AUGCUGAUCCCCAUCGCCAGAUACAACGCCUCUAACAAGAUCCAUGAAUAUGGAGGCGCGUCAAUGAUCGCCUACAAUGGUCGAAUUAUUUUCACCGAUAGCGAGACCCAAGAUCUUCAUAAGCUGGACCCCGCGACUGGUGACAUUGAGCGAAUUACCAACACCGACGCGACUCUCCGCUACGUGUGCACUGCCGCUAUCAACGCUUCGGCGGGAAGCAACGUUGGACCCGAAUGGCUCCUAGCGAUCGAAGAGGACCACAGCAAGCCUCUGCCAUCCCAGGUUCAGAAUCGCCUUGUUGCUGUGAACGUGCAAAGCAAGGAAAUUGUCAAUGUGGCAUCCGGUGACGACUUCUACAGCGCGGCGCAAUUUUCGCCGGAUGGAAGCAGGGUUUGUUGGAAUCAGUGGUCUCACCCUGACAUGCCCUGGACGGGAGCUCGCGUAUAUUUGGCGAAGUGGAACAAUGGUCAAGUCACUGACGUCAAGCUCGUCUCUGGCGUACCCGAGAAGGAGAGUGUUUCUCAGCCUCGAUGGGGUGCGGAUAACACUCUUUACUUCACCAGUGAUCGCACUGGAACUUGGCAGCUAUAUCGGACUAAUGCCGAGACAUUGGAAACCAAGAGACUGGCACUGAACGGUUUGGAGGAUGCGGAAUUCUCUCAGCCUGAUUGGCGUCUUGGAAACUGCACAUACGUUGCUCUCACUGCGACUUCGAUGAUCGCCUCCUACAACAAGAACACUCGCUGGACCUUCAUCCUGAUUGACCUGACGAAAGACACCUGGAGAGAUCUGAAUGUCCCAGUGACAGACACCAUCAUCAUCGCAGAUACGCCCCUUUCCGAUUCCAAGGUUGCCCUCCUCGGCUCCAGUGAAACGAGCUUCAGUACAUUAUUCACAUUGGAUACUGCCGAGACAGUCCAGCUCAAUGCGGUCAAGGCUGCCUCCGACUUUGUAAUGCCAGCUUCUCUGAUUUCGCACCCAGAGCACAUCUCGUUCCCCAGAGUCCACGGCACAAACCAGGAAGGAGAAUCUCAUGCAAUCUACUACCCUCCCCAAAAUGGGGACUACCAAGCCCCUGCUGGCACUUUGCCUCCUUUGAUUGUCUGUGUCCACGGUGGACCAACCUCCAUGACGGGAUCUGGACUCAAUGUCACAGACCAAUAUUGGACUUCGCGAGGCUAUGCUGUUGUUUGGGUGAACUACGGAGGCAGCUCCGGAUACGGCAGAGCAUACCGAGAUUCCUUGAAUGGACGAUGGGGUCUUCUUGACACCGCAGACGCAGCCAGCUGCGUGUCAUACCUCACCUCAACUGGAAAAGUAGACAAGAACGGCGUCGGAAUCCGCGGCGGAAGCGCAGGCGGCUAUAUCGUCCUCCAAGCUCUUUGCGAUUACCCCGAUAUCUUCUCCGGUGGUGCCUCGCUGUACGGAAUUGGGAACGUUCGGACACUUUGCGACGACACUCAUAAAUUCGAGAGCCAGUACGCGUUCGCACUGUUGUUCGAGCCCGGUACGAGUGAGGCCGAGAAGAAUCGCAUUUUCUUGGAACGCAGCCCUUGCUACAAGGCAGACAAAAUCACGGCACCGUUGCUUUUCCUCCAGGGAGAUGAAGAUCGCGUCGUUCCUCUUAACCAAGCGGAGGAGAUGGUCGGAAUGAUGAAGAAAGCUGGCCGUGAAUCUAAGUUAGUAGUGUUCAAGGGUGAAGGUCACGGAUUCCGACGGGCGGAGAACCGGAUCAGUGCCGUGGAAGAAGAGGAAGCGUGGUGGAAGAAGGCUCUGCUGAAGCUAUGA